AUGGCAGCAAAUCUCACUUUAUCCCCCGAGGAAGCACGGGAUCGCAUCGCCAUCCGUCAAGUCAUCGAUCGUUAUGCCCACUGCGCCGAUCGCCGUUUAGCAGAGGAGCAAAUGUCACUCUUCACAGAGGAGACACACUUUGUCGUGUACAUGCAAGGGGAAGGCACGGAGCCCUCGCAAGUGGUUCGGAAAAGACAAGACUUACGACCAGUCUUUGAAUUCCUGGUCGGGUUCACACACACAACGCACUUCAACGGACAGAGCAUCAUCGACAUCGGUUCGGACGGCAAGACUGCCACCGGGGAAACGUAUUGCAUCGCCUAUCACUUGUCUGAAAAGGACGGUCAGCGACAGAUGUAUGUUGCCAGUUUGCGGUAUCAGGACACUCUGACGAAGGGAGAUGAUGGGACUUGGUUAUUUUCGGAGCGGAAGUUGUAUCUUGACUGGUCAGAGACGCGGCCGUCGAACCCAUAA